AAUUUUAAAAAACCCACAAAAGUAGUAGAAAGAACUUGACAACAAAGUAAUACAGAUAAUACAACAAAAACAUAGAACACACAAAAGGAAGUAAAAGCAAACUAUGAACAAACUGCGCACCCCUCGCACUUCUCCAUCUCCGAAGCUCAUUUCCAAGCUCCGCCGCCGCGAAGCAGGUGAAAUCCGCUGCAUCGAGCUUUCCGCGCCGUAUCUUCAUAUCAAAAUGUCGGAUGAAGAAGUUGUAGAUCAGAAGAAGACACUUGAAGAGAACUGUAAGCCGAAAUGUGUCAAGCCACUCCGCCAAUAUCAUGCAUGUGCUAAAAGGAUUGAAGGAGAUGAAACUGGAAACAAACAUUGCACCGGACAGUAUUUUGAUUAUUGGCAUUGCAUAGACGAAUGCGUUGCUCUAAAGCUAUUCGCAAAACUCAAGUAGAAAUGUGUCUACUUUUUUAUUUAUUCGUGGUUGUUUUGUUUUGUUACUGAACACAACGCCUUGCCUCGCCUUCUUGUAUGAACUCUUUUUAUUUUUGCUAGAAGCUUGCAAUGCCAUUGGGCAGGCUUUUAUUGAUUGCAUAAAAACCUUUUGACACUUUCUUUGACACCUCCCCAGAUCAAUAAGAAAGCUUGUUUGUGCUUGAAUUGUAUU